AUUUCAUUAUCCGAGUUAUUAAAUAAAAAAAAUCCCGGUGUGAGCCUACAGUUGGAGACUUGCUCGUAAAUGGCCUAAUCAAGCACCGCUAUAAAUGCCAGCCGAGUCUAAUUAACGCCACGCUUUCCUGAUGGAUGCAGGACGUGACAGACUUGAGCUGACCAGGAGCUAUGAGGGCCCAUCUCUGUCUGAUUUUGACAGAGGCUUUUGCGCAGACCAGAGUCUGUCUUUAUCAGCGGUCUCCGCCGACGGCUUCCUGAGACCAAACAGAGGCAUCGUGCUGGAGUAUCCCGAGCCCGGCUCUGCCGCUGCACCCUGUCUGAACUACUCCACAAGCCUUUUAUCGCCUUUAGUUGCCCUCAGCAAGAACGCCCUCUCUCCAGGCAGCUCCCUGAGCACGGCUCUGGGAAGUCCGGUGGAGGGCAAGUCCUCCACACCCUACGAGAGAGUCCAGUUUCAGAAACCUGUCCUGGCCAGCUCGCUGGACCUGUCCUGCGUCGAUCUGACCACCACUCACCCGUCGUGGGAAGUGUCCUUUGUGAAGGCCGUGGUUGAGAGCCCUAAGUCAUGUUUGGAGUCCACCUGGAGUCCUAUCAACCUGUCGGCCCCUCCUGAGGCCUCUCUGGUGUCGUCUUCGGAGGAGCUUCAGCGCUCGUGGAGGGAAAUGGUCCGGCAGGGAUCCGGUCAGCCUCCUGCAGUCCCAGAUCUCAGAGAGGAACAGGGCUCCUCUAACUUGGCCAUUUGAUAGACACCAUAUUUUAGGUUUCCUACUGUGAUUCUCACUAGAGUGGUAAAAUGUUUAUAUAAAUGUAUUUAAUCAAAAUAAAGUGUUGCAUUUAA